GGCCGAAGUUUGAAUGACAUCCACUCCUCAUCCAAUUCCCAGUGAUCGUAUACCUGCCGCUGCUUCCUUGCUUGCUUUUUGCCACACUAAUGGCCAGCCUCCACGCUCUGCGCAAGACACAGAGGGCUCAGGGUCCGGCCACCAUCAUGGCCAUCGGCACCGCCAACCCUCCCAACCUCUACGAACAGAGCACCUAUCCCGACUACUACUUCCGCGUCACCAACUCUGAGCACAAGCAGGAUCUCAAGCACAAGUUUCGGCGCAUGUGCGAGAAGACGAUGGUCAAACGGCGCUACCUGCAUCUCACCGAGGAGAUCCUCAAGGAGAGACCAAAACUGUGCUCCUACAUGGAGCCAUCCUUCGACGACCGGCAGGACAUCGUGGUGGAGGAGGUGCCCAAGCUGGCCAAGGAAGCCGCCACCAAGGCCAUCAAGGAGUGGGGCCGCUCCAAGUCCGACAUCACCCACUUGGUCUUCUGCUCCAUCAGCGGCAUCGACAUGCCCGGCGCCGACUACCGCCUUGCAAAGCUCCUCGGCCUCCCGUUGUCCGUCAACCGCAUCAUGCUCUACAGCCAGGCCUGCCAUAUGGGCGCCGCCAUGCUCCGCAUCGCCAAGGACCUCGCCGAGAACAACAAGGGGGCUCGUGUGCUCGUGGUGUCCUGCGAGAUCACCGUCCUCAGCUUCCGAGGCCCGGACGAGCACGACUUCGAGGCCCUCGCUGGCCAAGCGGGGUUCGGUGACGGAGCAGCUGCGGUCAUCGUGGGUGCCGAUCCGAUCCAAGGCCUGGAGAAGCCGAUCUACGAGAUAAUGUCGGCCACGCAAGUAACGGUGCCGGAGAGCGAGAAGGCCGUGGGAGGCCACCUCCGGGAGGUCGGCCUGACCUUCCACUUCUUCAACCAGCUGCCCCUGAUCAUCGCCGACAACAUCGGGAACAGCCUCGCGGACGCAUUCAAGCCCUUGGGCAUCACCGACUGGAACGAGGUGUUCUGGGUGGCGCACCCGGGAAAUUGGGCCAUCAUGGACGCCAUCGAGUCCAAGCUGGGGCUCCUGCCGGAGAAGCUCAGCACAGCACGGCAUGUAUUCGCCGAGUACGGCAACAUGCAGAGCGCCACCGUGUAUUUCGUGAUGGAUGAGGUGAGGAAGCGGUCGGUGGUGGAGGGGCGGACGACCACCGGGGAUGGACUGCAGUGGGGGGUGCUCUUUGGGUUUGGACCGGGGCUCAGCAUCGAGACUGUCGUGCUCCGCAGCGUACCACUCUAAUUAAGCUACUUUUUUUCAGCGAUAAUACCGCGCACAAAUAUUACGCAGUCGUGUGUGAUGUUCUUCUUUGAUCUCCAUGCUGUUGGUUCUGCAAGGCAUAUGUAACUUGUCUAUUCUUUUUGUAAGAUCAAGAAAAAGGAAAGAAACGAUGCAAAUUCUCCAAAA